CAAGCGAACAAGUAACUAACAAACAAACAAAAACUCAUCUAUCUAUCCAUCUCUUUCAGUAUAUAUUAUAACCCACAAAAUUUGAUAGAAAUAUUAAAGCCCUCUUUGCUUUGAAGAUUGAUCAUCAUUCAUUCAUAAGAUGGAUUGUGAUGAAAAUAAUCAACAAAGAGGUGGGCCUUGUGGAGCUUGCAAGUUCUUGAGAAGGAAGUGUGUGAAGGGAUGCAUAUUUGCACCAUACUUUGACUCAGACCAAGGAACUUCACACUUUGCUGCGGUGCAUAAGGUUUUUGGUGCAAGCAAUGCAUCUAAGCUUCUCAUGAGGAUCCCUCCUCAUAAGAGGCUUGAUGCUGUUCUCACUCUUUCUUAUGAGGCUCUUUCUAGGGUUAGAGACCCUGUUUAUGGUUGUGUUGCUCAUAUCUUUGCUCUUCAACAACAGGUUGUGAACUUGCAAGCAGAAUUAACAUAUGUUCAGGCCCGUCUUGCUACAAUGCAUCGCAUCCCUAUAGCUGCUGCUGCUGCUUCACCACCAACUCUUCAUUCAUCAUCAUCCUUAGAUCACUUGGCAUCAUCAAAUGCUGACUUGCAAAAUGCCUCUAACAACAUGUCCAUGAACUUUGAUCCUCCUCCUCAACCACCACCACACUCAACAACAUUAGAAUCAAGCAGCUUCAUCAACUCAUCAGAUGAACCACCACCACCACUACUACUCGAGGAUGGGGAUCUUCAAACUUUGGCAAGAGAAUUUGUCUCUAGGUACUUGCCCGGAGUAAGAUUCCAGCCAUCUAAUAAUUCUCACUAAGAUGCCAAUGCUUUUGUUUCUAUCAAUGUCUAAGGGAAUUACAACUUGGCUUGAUUUGGUGCUUGCUAAUACUACCAAUGGUUAGAGAUGUACUGGUGCAAGUGAUUAAUACUUUCUAACAUGAAGGAUUAUGUUUAUGUAAUUACAAGAUUGGUGGCUUCACACCUUUUUAUUUGUCUAAGUACUUUGCUGCUUCUUUAGCUCUUGGUAAUUUAGAUUUGCACACUAUGGAAAAAGAAUUUCUACAUACUUCAAUAGAUGCCUAUGACCAAUGAUUCACCAAGUAUCUUACAUGUCACUAAGCUACUAGCUUAGUUAAACCAUGUUACCACAUUUGAUCAUUAUUUGCAGCACCAAUUGAUUCAGAUUUUUUUAUGGUCACUGAUCCAAUUUAAGCAAUGUAAACACCUGUUGGGAAACCUAGUAAAAAGUUAAACUAACACCUUUGUUUAUUGAGUUUAUGGCCUAUCACAAUCAUGUUAUUUUCAACUAGGAGAAGUGUAAUUUUCCAUCUUGGGAAUACAUUUCUCUAUCUCAACUAGAACAAUCUACUAGAAAAGAAAAUCAGCUACAUCAAGCUCGGAGAGGAUGGCUUUUUUAGUCUUCUUAGAAAAGCUUAAGGGUAAAGACCAUUUUCGGUCGACCGUCGAUUGUCGAUCUUACAGAAAUCCAAUCCAAUCCAAUACAACAAACAUAUCUCUUCAUCAAAGGCAUAGUCAUCUUUUUGGUAGAUAAAUGGUCAAUGCUGAUAAUCAUGAAGCAGACACACCAACCAACCACAGGAUAAUUUACAUUGAAACCACCAAAUAAUGAACCUUGAACCUUGGGAUUUGACUUCCACAAUAAUACUAUGUCCGAGUACACUCCACUCGAAAUUUUCUGUCCAUGUCUGCUGUUAUAAAACUGUGAUAAUGUUGGAACAAACCUGAGCAUAUGCUGCAAUACUUGGCAGAAACAAUGUUUUACUG